UAAAUUGACAACGUUUUUGCCUCUUCUUCACUACUCUCAUUUCUCAUUCUUCUUCCUCAGCUUACAAGGAGAUAAAUUGGGAACACCAUUAUGGUUGGUAGAUGUCAUUUACCAGAAGAUUUAUUAGUGGAUGUUCUAUUAAGGUUGCCUGUGGAAUCACUUGUGCGUUUCAAAUGUGUGUGCAAACAUUGGUAUGCUCUCAUCACAAGUCCAAGUUUUGUAGAAAUGCAUUUUCGUCACAAGCAUAAUCAUGCCCAUCUACUCAUUUGUAACUUAACACUUAUGGAUAAAUCAAAGUCCAUUGCUUUUUCCUUGCUCCCUGCCAAAAUAGUUCAAGGUGUUUCCCCUGAACAAAAAACUGUCCAUCAGCUUCAGAGGGUCUCUGAUUUCAUGUCCAUUGUUGGCCCAGUUGAUGGCCUAUUCUUGGUGGAAAAAGCAGCGUUUUUGGAUGAAGAGAAUGCUCGCUUGGCUUUGUGGAAUCCUGCCACCAGGGAGUUCUGGCCUCUGCCUCCUGUGUCCUUUGAGCCUCAGCCAUUCAAAGAUCAUGAUAAUCAGUUUGCAUUGGGGUUUGACCCGUUGACUCGAGAUUAUAAGGUUCUAUGUAUUCAAACAUUUUGGGAUGACUGGGGACUGGGCGUUUCCCCUAAUUGCAUUGUUAGUGUCUAUUCCUUACGCAACAACUCAUGGAGGAACCUGAGACCUGAUUUCCCUGACUGUUGUAACUUACACGAGCCCAUUGGUGCUACACAUCUCAACGGGGUAUAUUAUUGGCUCUCUGGCCGUCUAGACAAUAUCUUCCGCAUAUGCUCGUUUGAUAUGGGCAGCGAACAAUUUGGGGAGAUGCAAGGCCCGGAUAUCCCAAAGACACAGUGGGGAAAGCUUAUGUUGCAUGGUGACUCACUUGCUAUCUUAGUUGGUGAUCCUGGUAAACCAAUGACAUCCAUAUAUGAUGUGUGGGCGAUGAACCUAGAGGGUAGUUGGACCAAAGUUCUUAGUGUUCAACCUCAAAUAGUUGCUCAUUGGCCUCGCAGCGUCUGGGAGGAUGAUAAGAUGAUUUUCGAAAUCACAGAAACUUCACAGUUGGUAUUAUAUGACCCUACAACAAGACAAGUUAUAGAUCUUGGCUUUCAGCUGGACCUAAUCAGGGGUCGCUCUUGGGUUUUCAAUUACAAGCAGAGCCUAGUUCAAAUAAAGAGAAAAAAUGACAGCCAGGGCAAGGAUAAUGUUGUCUAGCAAAUUGAACAACCUUAUUAGUUCAGUUAGUAGGUUGGUUAUUUGAACUUUCACAUUGUUGGUGAGGGUUUGAUUCCACAUCUUGCAUUCCUCUCUCCCAUU